GAUAUCUAGUUAAAUAAGAGUCAUUAUAAAUCGUUGCUCCGUGGGCUUUCCUCAUUUCAUCCUGCUCCAGGCAGCGUGGUUUGUAUGGCUCCGCCCUGGGCAGGAGGAGAAAGAAGAGGGCCAGGCACCACGUGCCUGCACUCUCCCUGGAUGCUGGAGGCUGCUCCGCUGUGGGCAGGAGGAGAAGGAAGAGAACUGGGUGCCGCCUGCCUGCACUCUCUCCGGAUGCUGGAGGCUGGAGGCAGUGAGGCAGCAACAGCGCGAGGCGACUUUGGAGCUGCCUCAUACAGCGACCUCGCCUUCCGCUGCGCCUCCUCCCAGAACCCAAGAAGCCUGGAACCUGUGGCGUCCAGCCCUGAAAGGAGGAGACGGCAACCCAGCCGCGCUUUUGCCUGCACUCUCCCUGGAUGCUGGAGGCUGGAGGCAGUGAGGCAGCAACAGCGCGAGGCGACUUUGGAGCGGCCUCAUAUAGCGACCUCGCCUUCCGCUGCGCGUCCUCCCAGAGCCCAAGAAGCCCGGAACCUGUGGCAUCCGUCUCUGAAAGGAGGAGACGGCAACCCAGCCGAGGCACUGCUGGGUUGGGGUCUCCACGACUGAGCUGAUCUCAUCAAGUGGCACCCAACAUGGGGCUCAAACCCGGGUUGAGGGGUUGCUGGAGCGACGGAGAACGUGGAACUACACUGGAGGACACCAGAGUACUCAAGCAAUCCCUUGGCCAAAACCAGCAGCUUAUUUGGAUACCAUCAAGACACCUGAAACCUUGUCAUGAGCCAGAUACUGAGGAAGAGAUUUUGGGAAGAACCCAAGGACCCCCCAGUUGCAGCCAUGUCAAGACUGACAAUAAGGAAGACACCAGUCCCAGCAAGCAACAUUCAUCGGGCACAGCCACCCAUGUGGGGCCAGAUCAAGAAGUUGACACAGAUGGCGGAAGAAAAUCUGAAGAAAGCGGAUGACCAGCUACAAUGAGUAAUCUAAUGGUAGCUAUGAUGGCUGUGCUCACCAUUGCCAUGAGUAUUCCCCCAGCACCUGGUGAAACAAAAAACAUUAUACUUAUUGGGCAUAUAUUCCUUUUCCACCAGUUUCAUGGCCAGUGACAUGGUUAGACUCCCCAGUGGAGGUAUACACUAAUGAUAGCUUUUGGAUACCUGGUUCUACAGAUGAUAGAGGCCCAUCUCACCCCCAAGAGGAGGGAACAAUUAUGAAUAUUUCGUUGGGAUUUGAGCAUUUAACUACUUGCUUGGGAAAAGCCAACAGGUGUUUACCUCCCAGUCAUCAAUCUUGGGUGGCAAUAGUGCCUGAAUGUAACAACUCUGUGGCACAACUACAUAUGCUUUCUGAUCUUAGUAUUUAUUACAAUGAUUAUGCCCCUGUAACCAAAGUUUACUGCCCUCAAAAACCUAUCUGUAUAGUGGAUUGGACAUGGUCAGAAAAAAAAUGAAGGUAUUUACUUGGGAAGAUUGUAUUGCGGGGCAAGCAAAGGUGUUCUGUAAUGAUUCAUAUGGAGUCAUUAUUGAUUGGUCACCUAAAGGGGCAUUUAUAAGGCUCACUUCUCGAUCUGUAGGUAAUGGUCACCCUGCAUCUAAAGAAAAUGAUCAGAUGGUAGACACUAUAAAAAAUACAAUAAAAGUUCCUAUUAUUUGGACAUAUGGUGAUAUGAUGGAACCUCAAGCCCAAAUGAUAUGACCUGCUGUAGGAGCUAAACAUAAGGAAUUGUGGAAAAUAUUAAUGGCACUGAAAAAGAUAAAAGAUUUGGGAAGGGAAAUAUACUAAGCCAUCCCAAUAUAAUCCUAUUUACAUGUUAGAAUUGGCUCACAAUGAUUCAGUCUGGAUACAUAGUUGUGUCUCUCCUCCCUUUCUGCUUGUAGUGAGUGAUUUAAAACUUGAUCUCCCUAAUCAUCAUGUGACUGUCAAGAAUGUAGAUUGUUUUCUUGUGUGAAUUCUUCCUUGUAUAAUACUGAUCAUUCUAUCUUAGUGGUAAGAGCCCAAAAAGGAGUAAGGAUACCUGUAAAGCUUUCCCAUCCUUGAGAAGCCUCUCCUUCUGUGCAUAUUAUUACUGAAAUUCUUCAAAAGAUUUUGAGGCACUCUCGGGGUUUCAUUGCUACUUUAAUCAUUAUGGGAUUGAUUGCUGUCACAGCUACUGCCAUGGUAGCUGGAGUUGCUUUACCAACACAGUACAAACAGCAGAUUAUGUAAAUAAUUGGCAGAAAAAUUCUACUUUGCUGUGGAAUUCCCAAACUAAUAUACACCAGAAAUUAACCAAUCAGAUUAAUGAUCUCCGACAAACUAUCGUAUGGUUGGGAGAUCAUGUAGUUAGUUUAAAAUAUAGAAUGCAGUUAACAAUGCGAUUGAAAUACCUCUGAUUUUUGCAUUACUCCUCACCUGUAUAAUGAAACAGAGCAUGAGUGGGAAAGAGUUAAAAGACAUUUAAAGGAUCAUACUGGAAAUUUAUCUUUGGAUAUUGCAAAACUGAAAGAACACAUAUUUCAAGCCUCUCAGGCACAUCUGACCUUAAUGCCAGGAACUAAAGUGCUUGAAGGAGCUGCAGAUGGAUUAGCAGCUAUUAACCCAUAAAAGUGGAUCAAGACACUUGGAGGCUUUGUGAUUUCAAUGGUGAUUGUGCCUUUAAUCUGUGUUGUUUGUCUUUGUGUAGUCUGCAGAUGUGGAUCCUGAAUCCUGCGAGAAGUAGCCCACCAUGACGAAGCUGCCUUUGCUUUUAUCGCUUUGCAAAAACAGAAAGGGGGACAUGCUGGGAACAGGCCCUAAGCCUGUCAUAAACAGGCCUUAAACUGACCAUGAACAGGAUUUCUGCACCAAUGUGACGUGCUCCUGAUGGCUAUGACACCCACUGCUAGAAGUUGUUAGUUUACUGGAGCAGGGUAGGGAACACCUGGCCCACCCAGAGCGGAAAACUGCUCAAACCACAAACAAUAGCAUGAGUGGCCUGAGCCUUAACAACAUGUUUUUGCUGCAGAUAAUCGGCCAGAGACUGUUCCUCUGCUCCUCUCUAAGUAUGCUUUGUUUUUCAUAAGGAAUGCUUUUAGCUAAUCUAUAACCUGUAGAAACAAUGCUUAUCACUGGCUUGUUGUCAAUAAACAUGUGGGUCAAACUCUGUUUGUGGCUCUCAGCUCUGAAGGCUGUUAUCCCCCUGAUUCCCACUUUGCACUUUAUUUCUGUGUGUUUGUCUUCAUUCCUCUAGCACCACUGGGUUGGGAUCUCCUUGACCAAGCUGGUCUCGGCACAUAUCCAUGUAUGCCCAGGUCCUGAAAUCAGCCUUGUGGAGCCUGUGGGUAGGAAAAGUCAACCCUCUGUGCAUGUAGGCCUGGAACCUGAACAAUACUGUAUUUUCCUGCCACGUUUGGUUUCAAAUGUGGAAACUGCCUAUACGGACCUACUGCAUUUGUUUUUAAAAAUCCUCUGUAAGUGGACCUGCACAGUUCAGGCCCAGAUAAUUCCAGGAUCAACCCUACAGUAGAAAUCAAGUAUCUUUUUCAUUGUCUCUUGGGAUCUGCCUUUUCACCAAUAAAAUGUGAGGGCUGUUGGGAGCAGGCCCCCCAAAAUCUGGCCAUAAACUGGCCCCAAAACUGGCCAUAAACAAAAUCUCUGCAGCACUGUAACAUGUUCAUAAUGGCCCUAACACCCAAGUUGGAAGGUUGUCGAUUUACAGGAAUGAGGGCAAGGAACACCUGGCCUGCCCAGGGUGGAAAACCACUUAAAGGCAUUCUUAAGCCACAAACAAUAGCAUGAGUGAUCUGUGCCUUAAGGACAUGCUCCUGCUGCAGUUAACUAGCCCAACAUAUUCCUUUAAUUCAGUCCAUCCCUUCAUUUCCCAUAAGGGAUACUUUUAGUUAAUUUAAUAUCUAUGGAAACAAUGCUAAUGACUGGUUUGCUGUUAAUAAAUACGUGGGUAAAUCUCUGUUUGGGGCUCUCAGCUCUGAAGGCUGUGAGACCCCUGAUUUCCCACUUGACACCUCU